ACGUAUGGGCUGUCAGUGCGAGUUGGGGGGAGGUAAACAAGAUGGCGACAACCUGAGUGGCAAGAGUAACACGAACAGUCAGCGGAUCCAUCUGAUAUCGUGUCAGACCCGAAGAGAACCGCUGACUCGACCACGGACCACCACGCAGAGACGAACCUGCAACUGGACCCACAUUCGCGCAGAUCUAGGCAGUAGCAUCCGCGGUGGCAUGGAGGACACCUGAGGACACUUUGGGGACACAUCGGAUGGCCCAGUCGCCCUCCAGGAGCCCGGCUGACACCAGAGAUUCAACUGAUACUGCUGCAUGCGUUUGGCUGUAGGUCUGUGCUCGGAUCCGGUCCAGCUGUUAACACUCAUGUGUCCUAAGGAAAACUCUGCUGUGCAGCAUGAAGCCUCCACAGAAAUGCUGUGCUGCAUGGCCUUGAAGCAGGGCUAUAUGCCUCUCCCUAAGGCUGUAUGGUAUUAAAUUCAUAUCUGGAGCAGAGAAGAAUAACAUUUUAGAACCCCCCCCCCCCCCAUUUCUGUUCAACUGCACUUGUCACAGACGUCGUACAUAAUGCACAGUGUAAAGCACUGACUUUGCACGGGACCCACCAGGUUAUUCAUCUUUUGUCUGCACCUCUCAGACCUAAUGUUUACAAAUUGGGAUCGACCCCCCACCUUCUCCCUCAACUCUCAGGCGUGAUUGCUCCCCAUCUCAUAAUCAGUAUUUUGUAAUUUGUCAGUUUUCCAUCCUUCUGGAAUUAAGAUACUCUGCUCAAAACGGAAAGGUUGCCAGUGGAUUACUCUCUUGGGGAAGGAAUAGCUAUUUGAAAACAUUUUUUGAACAGGGGGUUUAAACCGUUGCUGCUGAACUAUCAGUCAUGAGUGCCGGGGAGCUGCAUCAUCUUGACUAUCUAAAUGAAAAUGAACUGAUGGAGAUGGAUACUUUCAUUCACCGCAUUGACUCGACAGAGGUGAUCUACCAGCCACGGAGGAAGAGGGCAAAGCUGAUAGGAAAGUACUUGAUGGGGGAUCUGUUAGGGGAGGGGUCUUAUGGCAAAGUGAAAGAGAUGCUGGACUCGGAGACACUUUGUCGCAGGGCUGUGAAGAUACUGAAGAAGAAGAAGCUGAGGAGGAUUCCCAAUGGAGAAGCCAAUGUGAAAAAGGAGAUUCAGCUGCUAAGAAGACUCCAACACAAGAAUGUGAUUCAGUUGGUGGAUGUCCUCUACAAUGAAGAGAAGCAGAAAAUGUAUAUGGUGAUGGAGUAUUGCGUUUGUGGGAUGCAAGAAAUGCUGGACAGCGUCCCAGAGAAAAGGUUUCCAGUAUUUCAAGCUCACGGGUACUUUUGCCAACUCUUAGAUGGCCUUGAAUAUUUGCACAGCCAGGGAAUAGUUCACAAAGACAUUAAACCAGGGAAUCUGCUGCUGACCACAGAUGGGGCACUUAAAAUAUCCGACCUGGGAGUAGCAGAGGCCCUUCACCCAUUUGCAGAGGACGAUACAUGUCGCACCAGUCAGGGCUCGCCGGCCUUCCAGCCUCCAGAGAUCGCCAACGGACUGGACACCUUUUCAGGGUUUAAAGUGGACAUUUGGUCUGCGGGUGUAACACUAUAUAACAUAACAACAAGUCUGUAUCCAUUUGAGGGGGACAACAUCUAUAAGCUAUUUGAGAACAUUGGAAAAGGAGACUACACUGUUCCCGAGGAGUGUGGACCGCUCCUGUCAGACCUGCUGCAAGGAAUGCUUGAGUACGACCCUGUGAAAAGAUUUUCCAUACAGAACAUAAGGCAACACAACUGGGUGCGUAAGAAACACCCUCCGUCUGAGCCCCCCGUGCCCAUCCCUGCCAGCGCAGAGAGCAGGGACCCUUGGCGGAGUAUGACGGUGGUGCCCUACCUGGAGGAUCUGCACGGCUACACAGAGGAGGACGAUGACGAGCUCUACGACGGAGAGGAUGAGAUCAUAUACACUCAGGACUUCACAGUGCCAGGACAAGUGGCCGAGGAACAUCGGGAUCAGGGGAACAUGGACCACAGUCCAGCUGUAGCUAAGCCAGUUUGUGUGAACGGGACAGAGGGGGGUUCUCUGAACAGCAAGGCCAAAGCCGAACGCCGUUCUUCUUCAUCAUCCAACCCCUCGCGCAAAGGAGUCUCCACAGCCAGCAAGAUCCGCAAGCUCUCCACCUGCAAACAGCAAUGACCCCUCUUCCCUUCCCACCUCGGCAACAAUCCACCUGGUUUACCUGUCCCCCGUCCUGUGUCUGGAAUCCUCACCGUGGUGAGAGAAACCUGCUGACGUUAAUGCCCCCAUACUUCCUUGGACCACUGGUCUGCAGAGUCUUUUGAAGAUGCGGUAUGAGUGACGGGGAGGAGGAGGAGGAGGAGGAGGACAGCAUGAAAUGUUCUUUUUGCUCUGAGACUGAGGCACUGGCUGUGAAAAUGCUGUUGUUUUUUCUCCCAUGUUUAAGCUCCAUUCAGCUCCUGUCAUCCACUUGUAUCAUCUGGUAAUCCCUCCCCCCUCCCCUCCCCUCCUCUCAUCCUCUCUCGGAGGGCCAAGUGUUGCACCGGAUAUUACAAACACCAUCACCCCCUGUACCCCACCUCCUGUUUCUUUGACUCCCUUUGACCGUACAGAACUCUAAUGGCAGUUUUUAAGGCACAUUGUGAUGUGUAAAAUAAAAAUAAAAAAAUUUAAAGUGGGGGAAAAAAACGAUAACAAAAGUUAUGAAUAAUUCUAUAUUUAAAUCUGUGAUGAGAAUAAUUACCAUAGUACUCUACUACCAACAUAAAAACUGCAUGCUGUACAGAGCUGGACGAAAGGGAACGUGCUUGGUUUGUGGACAGACUGAAGCCUUGAGAUCCACUGCUGACCUGUCGGGGGAGUGUUGAUUUCGAUUUAGUUGUUUUUUUCCUUUUUCUUUCUUUCUUUUUCUUUUUUCCAAUGAAUAUUUUUUAAUUAUUAUUUAUAUAAAAUAUGUCCCAAACAGG